CACCCCCAGUGGCCCCUCUCCGCCGGGAGCCCCGAGCGAACCGCGCACAACGGACUGCCGGAACCCGAGCCCCACGCGUCCGUCUCCGCGGCUGCGAAUUCCACGUUCUCUCCCAGCCCUGCUCUCUCCAGCUGCCCUCCAAGACUGUGUCCUUUAUCCUUUGGCGAAGGCGUUGAGUUUGACCCUUUACCACCAAAGGAAAUAAGGUACACCUCCUCAGUGAAAUACGACUCAGAGAAGCACUUCAUCGACGACGUCUACAUGCCCGUGGGCUUCAGCAUUUCCUCCUGCAGCCAAACCAUCGUCUGCGUCCCCGACUGCACGUGGCGCAGCUACAAAGCCGAGCUGCGUUUCCAACCCCGCAACAAAGCCCAGCGCUUCACCAGCACCACCAUCGUCUACCCGAAGCACGCCAAGACUGUGUACACCACCACCCUGGAUUACAACUGCCGCAAAUCCCUGCGGCGUUUCCUCUCCAGCGUCGAGCUGGAAACCUCUGAGUGUUUCGGGAGCGAUUGCGUCCUGGAUGGCUGCUGAGCGGCGGCCGUCCCCGAUGCUCCGAUCCACCCCGCUCCCGUCUCGCUGCGCUAUCGCUCUCUGUUUGCUGCGCUGGGUGCAGAGCCCACCUUUGCAGUCUCCACCUCUUGCUCAGCUCCUAUUCCUGCUUUAAGCGUCAGAACGACCCGAAGGUGGUUUUCAGUGGGGGUGUGAGUCGGUGAGGGAUUUCUUUGCUGUUAAAGGGUUCCCUCCCCUACCCCGCAGUGCAGAUGGAAAGAAGGGGAAGCGUUUUCCCAGAGAAGAAAAAUAAUAGAAUGUGGGAUAGCGUUGGGCUGGGGGAAUUGUAUUGGAUGCUUUGUGGGGAUGUGCAAAGAUAAGGGCGGUUCACUCUUGCAGACAAACCACCAGGUCGCUGGGUUAUGUACAGCCAGAUCUGUCAUGCAUUUUGGUUUGGAUUAUGGGACUCUCGUCUGGAAGGAUGGCCUCCUGGAAUCUGCUGGAAAGAACUAACAGAAAGUCUGGGGUGCUGUGCUUAACAGAUCUGAAAUGUUAUCCGAUGGCGUUCGUGUCUGGUCUGAAGGUGUGAUUUGGAAAGAAGUCUAGAGCAGGAGAGAAACUGCUUUUGCAGCUCCAGGCAGCAGAGAAGGGAUGAGGAUGGGGUAACAGCUUGGGCUGCAGGGAACCACUGCCACGUGCAGCAGGAGAGUUGUGGGGCCAAAGGGAACAACUUCAGGUUGCAAUGGCAGCUCUCAACCUGCAUCUAAUGAGGAUUUAGUGAGUUAGAGACCCAGGAGCAGCCUGUCCUGGAGCUGUGCUCGUGGUGUGUGUGUGCACGUGUGGUGAGUGGCGUGGAAAUGUACUUCAGCAUGAACUGAUCUGGGAGACUGCAACAGGGAAGCAGGCGUGAGUUGGUGCGGUUUGUUUUGUCGUCCUUUUGGUUUUGUACUUAUUUAUUAGCUCAGAACGGAACGUCCUUCAUCUUUGCUUCAGGUAACCAAAUCCCAAAACAGUUCCAGGGUGGCACAGGUUCAGGUGGGCUCUGCUCCAGGAUGAAGAGCAGCAUGGCAUUUUCAUUAAGCACAUCAGCUUCAGACAGCGGAAUUUAGGGGAUGCAUCUCAAAACCACACCAAGAUGGUCCCUUAAACACAACCCCAAGGUGGCACAACAUGGUUUUUAUGAAGCAAGCCGAUGCCUUUUAAUGUGUUUUAAUUAGUAGAGAUACUUUUUAGAUUAUUUAUGCUCCAACAUCUGCGAAGCUCUGGUCAGCUCUGUGCAAGCGCUCUGAUGGCCAUGGAGUUUUCCCCCCCCUCUCACUUUCAGUUGUCUUUUACUUCACUAAUAAUAAACCAUCUGAAAAGCGUAA